CACUAGCAUUCAACCUGUGGUUGUUUGACACAUAGACAUAUAUGUCUAUGGUUUGACAAACUAUAUGACCACUACUACUACACUGGUUCGUUGAGAAUUUUGAUAACGGAAUAUAAUGGUUUAUAGCAGUACGUUUUAAAUAGCUCUGCCACGUCGUUCUCCCCUGGAACCGGUCUCUACACGCAGGUAACGAAACUUAAGUGAACUCGUUUUUCAAGGUAUAGUUACGUUUCAAUUCUCCGAAAUAUAUGAGGCUGAUUACUUUAAAUUGGCAAGAGACUGGAAAACAGGAAGUGAAGUAACUGCACUGUAAUCAGCUGCUUCAUUCGGAGCCAUUUUAUGGACGUUGCGAAAUCCACGGUGUGGUAUUGUCCCAAGAAAUUACCUUUCCUACAGAAAACAGGUCUGACUGGCUUUGACGUGGAAAAGGGUGCUCUCAUCGGUCCCCUUUAAAGUGCCUGACACCUGUAUUUAUUUAAUUUCAUAAUUGGAUCUUAUUUUCCAGAAUGGACACCUAAACCCACAAUUAAGGGAUGCCCGUCAGAGAGAGAGGCUUGAAUUAACACCUCACCACAUUCACCUGCUAAACAAUUCUAGCCAUACCCAUUUUUUUCAGUUAGUUUGGCAUUUCAAAUGUUGUGCUUAAGCAAUAUAAUGUUUUCAAGAGAGAACAUACAUGGGAGGAGUGUGUAUCACAUUCCUCUUGACCCUGACUGAUGUUUCAACUACAACAGUAGGAUCAUCUCAUUUUUAGUUUCCCAUGGUCAGCUUCAAGAUCUUAGUUUGCAGUUUUGUUAUGUGUGAAUCAGCUUGAGGCGGAACUGGAAAUACAGUUCCUGCGAAGUGCUGUGUGUCACAUGACUGCAGUGAUAUGAGCAGUUUGUUGCAGUCUCCACUCCCAAGUGAGAUCACAAGUAUCCCUUGUGUCUCGGCACUUUUGAAUGGCACAGGAGUAAGAGGAAUGUGUGAAACCGUGUGUGAUUUUACCAUCCGUGAGGUUUAGCCUUAUCAUCUUUUAGCUAAUUAAUUCAAGCCUCUCUCUUUAAAUGGGCAUCCCUUUUUAUUUUCUCAAAUGGAAAUUCUACAAAACAAUCCUUUCCUGAUGGGUUUGUGUCGUAACAGUGCCCCCACAGACCUGCAGUACGACAACACCUCCGAGUUGUUCCGCAUAUCCACAUAUGCAAAAUUUCCCACCACUGCACCUGUGACAGAAAGAAGCCUUGCUCGUGCCGGCUUCUACUACACUGGUGUCGGGGACCGAGUUCAGUGCUUUCGCUGCAAAGUGACAGUGGACAACUGGCAGCCAGGGGAUUGCCCAGCCGAAAAGCAUAAACAGCUGUCUCCUAGCUGCCCGUUCAUUCAGAGCUUGCCCUCUACCGCCAACCUGCUGUCCUCCUCCCACUCUGCUUUCUCUCCCCUCCGUAAUGCCACUGCCCUCCAGAUGCCCGCUCCUGUGGCCGGGGCAGCUGCGCCUUCCUCCAGCCAGUCAGAGGAGCAGGUGGGCUAUCUCAACAUGGGCUUCAGUAAUCUGGCCCCGUCUAGCCCCCUGGCGUCACGUGGUGUGGAAGACAUGUCCCACCAGCGCCCGCAGACCUGCCAUAACCCCAACAUGCGCCGGGAGCAGGACCGCCUGGAGUCCUUCAAAGGCUGGACCCUGACCAUCAUCACACCAGCUGAAUUGGCGAAGGCUGGUUUCUACUACCUUCAAGGGGAUCGUGUGGCCUGUUUCAGCUGUGGAGGUCACCUGAGUAACUGGGAGCCUGGCGACAGGGCGGUGUCGGAACACCAGAGGCAUUACCCCAACUGCCGUUUUGUGAGGGGGGACCGAAUGGAAAACGUGUCUCUCGCUGAAAGCGGUGUCUUGACCAAUGUGUCCAACUCAGCCAUGCAGCAGUGUGAUGAGAGGCUUCUCACGUUUGUGAACUGGCCCCUCAGAAUACCUGUUCGCCCAGACCAACUUGCUAAGGCUGGAUUCUACUAUGUUGGUCGCAAUGAUGACGUGAAAUGCUUUUGUUGUGAUGGAGGAUUGAGAUGCUGGGAAUCUGGUGAUGAUCCAUGGGUAGAACAUGCUAAAUGGUUCCCAAGGUGUGAAUAUCUUUUGCAAGAGAAGGGCCAAGAAUUUGUCCACCAAAUUCAAGCCAGAUUCCCAAGACUCUUUGAGCAGCUGUUGACGAAUGGUGACAGUAACUCUCGUGAGAUUGUUGAUCCACCAGUUGUACUUCUCAGUCCAGGAGAGGAACGCUCAGAAGAUGCCAUAAUGAUGAACACACCUGUGGUGAAGUCUGCCCUAGAAAUGGGCUUUGACCGUAACUUGGUGAAACAGACUGUGCAAAGCAAGAUCCUUACCAGUGGGGAAAACUACAAGACUGUCCAGGAGCUGGUGUCUGACCUGCUUAGUGCAGAAGAUGAAAAGAGGGAAGAAGAGAAGGAGCUUUUUGCAGAGGAAAUGGCGUCAGAUGGCUUUACCUUUCUGAAAAAGCACCACACAGCCCUGACACAGAGACUGAAGAGUGUACAGAGCCUCAUGGAUCAUUUACUGGAAGAAAAAGUCAUUUCCCAGGAAGAGUACGACACCAUUAGCAACUGCACCACUGUCAAGCGGCAAACAGCCCAACUCAUCGACUUGGUUCUGUCAAAAGGGAACGCAGCAUCAGAGGUCUUCAGAAACUGGAUCAAAAAGAAUGAUGUUUACCUCUUGAGAGAAUUAAUGGCCCAGGCAAAUGAAGCUGCAUCACCGAGUCAAGAUCUUUCAGAUUUACCCAUGGAGGAGCAGCUGAGGCGUCUUCAGGAAGAGCGUACUUGUAAAGUUUGCAUGGACAAGGAGGUCAACAUCGUUUUCAUUCCCUGUGGACACUUGGUGGUUUGCAAGGAGUGCGCCCCCUCACUGCGCAAGUGUCCCAUCUGCAGAGGCGUAGUCAAAGGCACCGUUCGCACCUUCCUCUCCUAAAUACACAAGAACAUUAAAAUAAACUAAAACCAA